AUGGGAAUAAAAACGGGAAGGAGGACGGCAUUGAGAACGGGAAUGAGAACGGGAAUGCUCUUUUCCGACCAAAACAGGAACAUGGAGAAGUUGUUAAAGCGGAUUAGAUAUGGACGUUGGCGGGAAAUGACCAUUAAUCUUAUUUUAAUGGCCUGUGCAACGUACUGGUUUGUUUUCCUUUAUAAAUUUGCCUUCUAUUGCAAAACAGAUUCCCCGUUGCUUGUUGGAAAAUUCAAUGUAAAUGUUACCCCGGUAAAAUAUACAGAAGUGGCAAAUAAAAUUUUUUGGAUAAGCAGUGGAGGACACUACAAACCAAACUGUACUGCUUUGCAAAAUGUGGCGAUAAUUAUCCCAUUUCGGAACAGAGAGAAUCAACUAGCUAUUUUGAUGAACAAUCUUCAUUCUAUAUUAUACCGCCAGCAAAUCGAGUACACCGUCUACGUUGUAGAACAGGCUGAUAACAGAGGGUUUAAUAAAGGAAAACUCUACAAUGUCGGAUAUACCGAGGCAGUCAAGCGCAAUCAUGACUGUUUUGUAUUUCAUGAUGUGGAUCUAAUUCCAGAAAAUGAUAACAUUUUAUAUGGAUGCAUUAGAAGUCCUAUGCACCUAUCUAGAGCAAUAGAUAAAUUUAACUACAAACUUCCAGAUAAAAAAUUAAUAGGAGGCGUUUCUGCAUGGAGGAAGAAGGAAUUUGAAAUGGUCAAUGGUUGGUCGAACGUGUUUAUAAACUGGGGUGGGGAAGAUGACGAUAUGAGCUACAGGAUUACUGCAAAUGGACUGAAAAUCUAUCGAUUUCAAAAUUCCAUUUCUAGAUACAAAAUGCUUCGACAUCCUCAAGCUGUUGUCAAUACUGCGAGAUUUACUCUACUAGAAGAAAGUUUUGGUCGCUAUAAAACAGAUGGGUUGUCCUCCUUACGCUAUGUUGGCGUUAAAAUUACUGAGUUUAAAUUAUUCACAAAGAUUUCUGUUAGUCUAUGAUGAUUUUUAUAUUUACUUAAAAAUAGAUGAAUUUGCCAAUA